GUUGUUUCUCACGCGCAUCUGAUGGCUAUGUCUCGUACGCUGCGAUUGACUUCUUCUUAAACCGUUAGAAUUUCUGCCCCCAUCGAACUUUUGUUUCAGUAUCCACUCCCUUCCUUCCUUCUCUCUCCAAAUCACAUCUCAUCUCGUCUUUACACGUCCCCACCAUGGGUUCCGGAUCCCCUCCCCCCACGGGCCCCAAGCCGAAAUCUGCGAUUCCAUCCCGUUUGUUGAACGGCGGAUCGCCUCUUCAACCCUCCCUUCGCUCUCGAGACGCUCGCGAGCGCGAAAGCCUGAACUCCUCCAUCAUGUCCUCUUUUGCCCCGCGCAUCCCGGUAGAGUUUGACUCGUCCGAGUCCAGCGCAACGCAUGCCGGGGGUGAGUCAGCGGAUCGCUCUGAUGCCCAGGUCGGUAGACCGGCUGCGGCGAAACCGGAUCUGAACGACCCUGCUCGAGACCCUAGAGAUGAAGUCGCUCCGUUGACCUCGCCGGCAACUGUGAGCCGCCCGGAUAGCCCUUACACGCAGUUUCCUCCGAUUGAUUUCGACGGACUGAGCUGGCCCUGUCCCGGCACGAGAGCGCGGUUGGAGUCGUCCCCGGAACAAGAGAAAGAACGGGUGCAGAAGCUGGCGGGAGCCGUGAAAACAAUACUGGAAUGCGUUGGAGAGGACCCCGACAGAGAAGGAUUGCGGGAAACCCCCGAACGAUAUGCCAAGGCCAUGCUCUUCUUCACUAAAGGUUACGAAGAGAACGUGCGAGACCUCAUGAACGGCGCCGUGUUCCAUGAGGACCAUGACGAGUUGGUCAUUGUCAAGGACAUCGAAGUCUUCUCCCUAUGUGAACAUCAUAUGGUCCCAUUUACCGGGAAGAUGCAUAUCGGAUACAUUCCGGACCGUCGGGUACUUGGUCUUUCCAAGCUGGCUCGUCUAGCAGAGAUGUUCUCUCGCAGGCUCCAGGUCCAGGAGCGGUUGACGAAACAAGUCGCUUUGGCGAUCUCGGAAGUUCUCAAGCCGCUCGGCGUCGGGGUCGUCAUGGAAUCGUCGCAUCUUUGCAUGGUGAUGCGUGGUGUCCAGAAGACGAGCAGCACAACCACCACAAGCUGCAUGCUUGGAUGCAUGCGGUCGAGUGCAAAGACUCGCGAAGAGUUUUUGACUCUCCUUCAUCGGAAAUAACCGUCUCCUUACCCUGUCUGCGAUAAAAUACUUGUUACCCCGUUUUAACAUUGGCUGGUAUUAAUGAGUUUCACGGAGUUUUGGUGGUGCACCUUUCAACAGGUUUCUUGGGUCUGGCAUUUUGUUCUAUCUUAUGCCAUGUGCUUGGAAGAUCUCCUUGGCCGAUGAUGUUCACGACGCAUAAUUCUUUUUUCUUUUCUUUUCUUUUUCACCUUGUUAAGGACUCCUUAUACACAUCUUUGAUUCUGCAUGAUACUUUCGAAUUUGGAGGACACAUUCCCCUCUUGGAACGACGACGACCAAAAGAAUUCUUCAACAACUAUAUCAUGGGUGGUUCAACACCUGAAUAACCGUCAUGAAAUUGCGACCAAGCUUGGCCCUUGAGUCUAUUUUUUUAUAACUAGAAAGACAGCAUCUUUUUUCAUAGCUGCAAACAUUACAAAGAACAAACCAUCAAUUCAUCUGUUUUG